CAGUUAGCCUUCAACUUUGGUAGGGUAAACUUACGCUCGCCAUUUCCUUACCCCAAAAGAAUUUGACAAAAAUUUUCAUUUAUGACAUUAGAAUUACACGUUUUUCGCUUAAGUAAAGCAAAUACAACACUGUAUUWUUGAAUUCAGUACUUUUGACUGAAAAUGACAACGGAAUACAGCGAAAUGCAGAAAUUUUCAGAGCCGAUUAUGACAAGUGAUGAAUCAAACCUUGCGACACUCCUUGGACCACCUUUGACAAAUGAGGAGAUGACUAUGGACAAAGAGGAUUUUGACAGYUUACUAUUUGGCAAUACAAUAAAUAUGGAUAGCUUGCCAAAUGAUGACAGGCUUCAGUCCAUAGAUUCUGGGUUUUGUGAAGAGCAGACUGUAGUUUCCAAUGACACAGACUUUGAGAGUUUUGCAACAUCUCCUUUUUCAUCUCAUUUCUCAAAUUCUCCUUCUUCUGAAUCUGGCAUUGAAGAUGGUGAUGAGGAGUUUGAUGGAAAGAGUAUGGGGAGCCUGGAUGUUUCCAGAGAUGCAACUGAUUUCCUUGCAACAACAACAGAGUCUUUAUUCCAAGUUCCAGUUUCAACUCCCAUGGAUAUAAAUAUGCAGCCUGUGCAAACAGAUCAGCAAAAGUCAGAAACGAGUGUGGYAGCUGCUUGUGAAGAGCUCAAACAGCUCCUCUAUACUUUUGUGYCAUCUUCAUCAUCAGCACAGACCUCUCCAUCUUUUGCUGACUUGAAAACCAUUAUGUCAGAGACUACAGGGAAUACCUUGACAACAACAACAUUGCCAGUAACACUACCAAUGCCCAUGUCCAUCCCAAGCUCUAUUUCUGGAAUACUAAAUGCACCCGUCUCCACAGUUGGCUGUAAUUCAAGUACAACUAUUCAACCCUCCAUUCAAGACACAAUAUCAUCCAUAGCAGAUACUGCGAAUCUUACAAGUGCAUUGAAUUCUCUUGAAGAAGCCAAGUCCAACUCUGCUUCAAGGUGUACCAAGAAAGCCAGAAAAGGACGGGAAAAGCCUAAACUUGUAAUCCUYGAUGAGCCAGAAGAGAAUUAUAGAGCUCGAUAUGAAAGUGAAGGGUGCAGGGGACCAAUACAUGGUUCAAGUGAAAACACAUACCCAACAAUUAAGGUAACUGGUCACAGUGGGCCAGUAUGGAUCACAGUUUAUCUGGUGACAAGCUCAGGUCAGCAACACUACCAUUCAAUUCAUGGACCAGGRUCAACUAAGGUCCCUUGUAAAGAAGUUACGCUUCCAGGAGGUAUCCCAGCAGUGCAGUUGCUGGUUGAUCCUGACUCUAAAAUGACUGCUGUACUUGAUUCGUUGAGCAUAAGAAGGCUCAGAAAUUGGGAAGGAGACAAAGAGUUACGAAAGAGAGGGRUAGACCCAAGAACAUGGAAAAGAGAACGCAAAGAAGCAAGGUUGUUAUUUCAGGCUGAAAUCCCAGCAAGUGAUGGCCAACCUGAAAUUAAGCUAACAUGCAAGUCCAGAAUAUUCCAGUGUAGUUCAUCUGGUCCGACUGGCAACCCWGAAAUCUGGUGGACUAGUAGAACUGAGGGUUCAGUUGAAGGAAAUGAAGAAAUGGGCCUAAUUGGAAAGAAGUUUCCAUCAGGCUGCAAAGUAAGGUUUUCAGUGGAUCUACCUUCUGGAGCAAUAUGGGAAAAAUUUGCUGAUGUUGAUAAGAGCAAAUCCCAUCAGGGUGCCGCAGUUAUUAUUACACCACCUUACUGCGACCAGGAUAUCCUUUUACCUGUUACAGUCAAUGUUGAAAUUGUCAAUGGAAAUCAGGUUAAGAGUGGGAAGUGCAGUGAACCCAUAGAGUUUACUUACAGACCUCGCAAAGAGAUAUUGGCUUCUAUUAUAACAAAUGGACAGAACAUUACAACUCUGGGAGGGACUAACACCAAGACCCAGGGAGGGACAACCAUCACAGCACCACAGACUCUUAAUUCUUCCAUGGCCCAGCCUAUCGCACCGGCACCUGUUUCUACUGUCGUACCUGUUGCAUCAAAGCAACCAGAUGAUAAUGACUGGCAAAAGCUUUGUGUACAAAUAAAAAAGCUUCAGUUAAAUGGGGAACUCAACUCUGAACAAAUAAAGAAACUUUGCGUAUUCAUCCAGAGAAGAGACUUGCUUCUUCUGCAAACGUUUCGCUCAGCAAAUAAUGCAGGUACACAGGAAGAACGUUUGACAAAGCUUAAACAAUAUUUAAGUGGAUUAGUUGGAAACUAAAAAUAGUAAUAAUUAUUAUAUAUAGCUAUAUAUUUAUACUCAAAAAUAAAAAGUUGAAAAAAUUGAAAUAAUUUUGGAGAAAAGUAUACAAGACUGUUGUCCACUGUGUUGCAUAGCAUUUACAAAAUAGAGAAAAACUUCAAUUGGCAAAUGAUUCCAAGUCUGGUAUCCUUUUCUUACACAUGUAUAGAUGCUGUGGGGAGAGGGCUGUCUCUUGUAAACAAGCUUGUACAUUUGUAAAAAUUGUUUAUCUACAAAACUAGGGUAUUUGCUAGAAAGAGAGUGUAAUUCGUGUAGUUUGUAGGUUACUAGUAAGAUCCACAGAAAACAUGUACAAACUAGCUCAGACAAGACAUUGAAAACAAGUGUUAAUAUAUCACAAUGAUAAGUUAUGUAGCUAAACAGGUAGCCUACUUUGGUGCAACAUAGUGGUCUUACCCUUCGAUUUCCUCUGCUCCUAUAAUAUUACUAGGAGCAUCAGUUUGAAAUCAGGGAUUUAGUCCAUGAAACUGUUGUGGCCAAGGUAUCCCAGAGUGUUAUAUACUCAACUCUCUGUUACUAAGAUAGCUAGUGUUGAUUGAUUGUAAUAGUCUUAAUCAUUCUGACAUGAAUGGAAUGCUAGGAAUAUUAUGGAUGCACUGAUAAUUUAUUUAUCCAUAUAUAUCCCAAGAUAUUAUGUAAACCCCCCCUUUUUACCUAUUCAUUGCCCUCUUUUUUUCUUCCCUUGCAAACCACAAGAACAUUAUCAGUGCACCCAUAAAUUGAUUCAUUUGCAGUAGAAGUAGUCAUGAUAAACCACUAGAAGUUACGUCGAUUUAAGAAGUUAUAGAAAAUAAGUUAUUGUUAAGUAUUUAUUUCAAAAAUUUGUAAAGAGUUUUUAUUAAAAAUGUUGAAAAA